AUGGCUCCUGGAAAUGACUCUUUUGUGACUGAAUUCAUUCUGUUGGGAUUAACAGACCAACCAGAUCUCCAACUCCCUCUAUUCUUCUUUUUUCUAGGAAUGUAUAUGGUCACUGUAUUGGGAAAUUUGGGAUUGAUAAUCCUAAUUGCACUGAAUUCACACCUGCACACCCCCAUGUACUUUUUCCUCUUUAACUUGUCCUCUAUAGACCUCUGUUAUUCUUCUGUGUUUACACCAAAAAUGCUAAUUAAUUUCACAUCAAAGAAGAAUACUAUUUCUUAUAUGGGGUGCAUGACUCAGCUCUACUUUUACUGUUUUUUUGUCAUUUCUGAAUGCUAUCUGCUGACAUCAAUGGCCUAUGACCGCUAUGUGGCCAUCUGUAAGCCACUUUUGUAUAAUGUUAUCAUGUCCCCUAAAGUGUGUUCCAGCCUUAUACUUGCUUCCUACUUGAUGGCCUUUUCUGGUGCCAUGGCUCACACUGGAUGCAUGCUGAGACUGACCUUCUGUGAUGUAAACACCAUCAACCAUUACUUCUGUGACAUCCUCCCUCUGCUCCAGCUCUCCUGCACAAGUACCUACAUCAAUGAAUUGGAAAUGUUCAUCGUGGCAGGCAUCAACAUCAUUGUGCCCAGUCUCACCAUCUUUGUCUCUUAUGGUUUUAUCCUCUCUAACAUCCUCCAUGUCAAGUCCAGGGAGGGCAGAUCCAAAGCCUUCAACACCUGCAGUUCCCAUAUCAUUGCUGUUUCUCUCUUCUUUGGAUCAGGGGCAUUUAUGUAUCUCAAACCAUCUUCUGCUGUGUCUAUGGAUGAGGGUAAAAUCUCUUCUGUCUUUUAUACCAAUACUGUUCCCUUCCUUAACCCAUUAAUUUACAGCAUGAGGAACAAAGAUGUCAAACAGGCUCUGAGAAAAACCCUGAGGAGGAGACAGUUUUGA